AUGUUCUUCGCAGGAAUUCUCAAGUCGAUCUUGAAAGAAUCAAGAACUGAUGAUUACAAUUUUCUUCAUCCUUUCAUCCCUCCUUCUUCACCAUCAUCAUCAACACGUCAAUACAGUUACGACGUCUUCCCAAGCUUUUUCGGUCAAGACGUCCGCAGAAGCUUUCUCAGCCACUUUCUUGAAGGGUUGAAAGGCAAGGGAAUCAAAACGUUCGUAGAUCAUGGGAUCAUGAGGAGCGAUUCUAUCAACUCUGAGCUCGUAAGAGCUAUUAGGGAGUCAAGGAUUGCCGUCGUGAUCCUCUCUAAGAACUACGCCUCUUCGAGCUGGUGUCUAAACGAGUUGCAGUUAAUUUUAGAGUGCAGGGUUACUUUAGGACAGACUGUUAUGACAAUCUUCUACGAUGUGGAUCCGUCUGAUGUGAGAAAGCAGACUGGAGAUUUCGGGAAAGUCUUUGAGGAAACUUGUGAUGGGAAGACAGAGGAAGAAAAGCAGAGAUGGAGAAAAGCUUUGACUGAAGUUGCGGUUAUUGCUGGAGAACAUUCUGUUUCAUGGGCUAGUGAAGCGGCGAUGAUCUCGAAAAUCGUCAUGGAUGUUUUAAACGAGUUACCGUCUUCAGACUUUGAUCGGUUAGUUGGAAUUGAAACUCAUGUAGAAAAUAUGAAAUCAAUGAUAUGCUUAGAAUCCGAUGAGGUUAAGAUAGUGGGAAUAUGGGGUCCUGCUGGUAUUGGCAAAACCACUAUAGCUAGAGCUUUAUACAAAGAAGUGUCUUGCAACUUCCAGCUUAAAUUUUAUAAGGAGAAUCUUGAGGAAACGCAUAGGAUAUUGCUCACACUUGACCACAUUGGCUUGCAAAACCAUUUGGAAAAAGAGAUACUCUCUGGAGUUUUAGAUCAUCGGGAAAUGAAGAUACCCGACUUACAAGAGGCGCAAUUUAGGUUAAAGCACCAGAGAGUCCUUCUCAUUCUUGAUGAUGCCUGUUCCGAGGAGCUACAAGCUUUAGGAAAUCUAAUUAAGGGUCUUAGAUUCGGAAGUAAGGUUAUUGUGACGAAUGUAAAUCUAAAUACAUUUCGGAGGAACGAGAUCAAUCAGAUAUACAAAGUUGCUUUCCCAUCAAGCGAAGAAGCUCAACAAAUCUUCUCAUACUCUGCGUUUGGGCAAAGCUCUCCACCAAGAGGUUACAUGGAGCACGCCAUCGAAGUAGCGCAGUUUGUUGCUCCUUUUCCACUUGGUCUCAAGGUUUUAGGAUCGGCUUUACGUGGGAAGAGCAAAGAGGAGUGGCUAAUGACACCAGCUAAACUCGAAACUUAUAUUGACGACAAGGAAAUUGAGAAAGCAAUAAGAUAUGCAUAUGAUGGUUUAUCUGAGAAACACAAAACAUUAUUUAAUCUGUUAACUGAAAAUAUAAGCUUUGGUGUGAACGUGAAAGACGCCAUAUUCUCGCUUUCGGAGAAGGAUUGGGACGUGGAGAAAGGGAUACAAACCCUAGCUGAUAUGGGUCUCAUCUCUAUAUCUAGGGAAAGAGGAAUCAGCAUGCACUGUUUGGUACGCUUAAUGUCUAUAAGGUUAUGUUGGACCACCAGCUUAUAA